AAAAUAUUGGAAGAUUUUGUGCUCUGAAAUCUCGUGCAAAACGUGCCCAUGAUGAAGACCACUUGGAAUUUGCCUUAAGUUUAUACAAUAAAGCAGUGACAAUGUGUCAGGUACACUCCAAACAAGCAUUGCCAGCACAAAUAGCUAAUGAGCACCACGUGAUACUUUGUGGUAGGUCACUGGUACACUAUAAACUUGGAAUGUAUCAACAAGCCGAGGAGGAUGCUUCAGCUGCAAUUGAGACAUGUCGAAAUCAUUUAGAGAGCUACUGGAGAGCUAGUCAAGCAAUAAUGGCUUAUUCUACGGAUAAACAACAUAUUGCCAUGUCAUAUCUCGUCAGUGGUCUUAAUGUGGCUCUAGAGGGAAAAGGAAGUGAACAAGAUAAAGUGGAUUUCUUGACAGAAAUUUGCAAACUUGUAGUAGAAGCCCCUAUUACAGGUGAGAUGAUAUCCAUACUCUGUAGCGUACAACUACCUGAUACCAGAGACAACGCUUGGCUUUCUGUUUUAAAAGAACUAAGUGACCAAAGUAAAUGGGAAAGCAUCGCUAUGCUUUUGAUACAUUAUGAUCCGAGAGGCGUUCAGAAUUUGUUGAAUACACUCGAUGUCUCACAAUGGCAUUGUGGCAAUAUAAACUUAGGAAAUCUAGUAAAUUCACUGUCUGAUGAAAACAUGCGUCUGUGGGGAGAAAGGCUGGCCGUAUGUCUUCUUGAGAAAGGAGCUUCCGUUGGUUCUUCAGAGCAAUAUAAGGGACCAAAUGCAUUACAUCAUAUUGUAAAGUUGUCCCUCAGAAUCGGUUCUGUUAUACUUCUAAAAAGUGUUCUUGAGAACUAUGAAGACGCUCAAAAAAUGAUACACGCCCUAGAUGAAAAUGGGAAUUCGGCCCUGCAAAUUAUACACACGUCCGAGAAAGCCAGUGGAGAUAUUGGAGAGGCCGUAUUAACUUUGCUACUUGAACACGAGUGUAAUACUUCUGUCCAAGACAACAAAGAUAAAACUCCUAUCGAUUUUGUUGACGAACAAAGCAAACUUUAUUCAUUGCCAACGGACAAAUCAAGCCCAGUAAAAGAGCUACGUAAAAGGUUGGAACUUUUUAUGACUGAAGGACAAACUGCAAUACAGAACAAACAUUAUUCGGAUGCUUUGAAUAUAUAUGACGAGGCACUUGUUUUUGCAAAGCGGUAUCCAGAAUUGUACAAAGAAGUCGCAAUAUUGCACAGCAAUAAAUCCAGUGUACUAUAUCUAAUGGGAGAUUUUGAAAGUGCUCUUGCCAGUGCCAUUGAUGCAACUUCCUCUGACCCUAAAUACUCCAAGGGGUAUUAUUGGUAUGGAAAAGCUCUCCUCUGCUCAGGAUCUACAAUGGACGCAUUUCUUACCUUUAUUGAUGGAUGCUAUAAGUCCAGCAUAGACUCUGAUCAAGUGGACCUCCUCACAGAAGCUGUUGCCAUUUUAAACAGUCUUUCAGGUGCUGAGCUGCGAAGCUGUUAUGACAGGUUAUACCAAUUUAACACAUCCGUUUGGCCAGACGUUAUCACUCAACUCAGUGAAAGAGGUGAAUGGAAGACCUUAGCAUAUUUGAUUCUCGGCACUGAUUUGGAAAAAUGCAGACUUGGCGAAAUAGAUGCAGAUGGAUUUAUCGAUCGGUUUUGUACUGGAGUGGCUAGAAAGAGUUCUACAGUUGAUAUCAAAACCUGGACUGUAUUCAAGUAUUUGGAACAGCAUAAUGGGGAAUGUAUAGGUCAUUGGUUAGAUGCUGUCCUGUUUGCAGUUUACACAAAUGGAGGCGAACAGAUGUUGAGAAAUCUGACAGUUGACGACAGAAACUGUCCAUUACACACUUUAAUAAGAUUCGUCUUACAGACAGAAAGUACAGCACUGCUAAAAGUGUUACCAAAUCAAGGUCCAGGAUGGCGAGAUAUUGGCAGCAUGUCUGUAUUUCAUAUACUUGCAUGGCAUUCCCCUUCGCCUCCAGCAGAUUUUCUUGUUAAAGUGACUAAACUAUUGUUUGAGAAAGGUUAUAGAAACAUCGCGGAUACUGGAAUGGGUUAUUUGCGCCCAUAUGACUAUCUUGAUAUCAAGUAUCCGAUGUAUGUAUUCGAUUUGUUCCUACCAGAUGACAUGUGUGACGCGAGUAUGAAAAUUGAAAAAUUGCAUGAAACUGGGAGGUUGAAGCAUAGCCGUGGCGAAUUCAGUGAAGCGAUUUUACUAUUCAAAAAAGCACUUGACCUUUCCCCUAUGGUAACAAAUCCUCUUCAAGUUUGUUCACAAGUUCUUUUGAGCCGAGCAGACAGUUAUCUGCAACUAGAGGACUAUCAAAGAGCCCUUAGUGAUGCCAGCCUUAGCUUGAAAAAUAUUCGAUCUUUUCAUCGCCGCGAAGCUCACUUGAUAGCGGGCAAGGCACUUACAGCUUUAAAGAAGUAUGAACCGGCUUUAAGAGAAUUUCAACAUGCCUACACUAGCUCCAUAUCAUCCAACCCAUCAGAAAUGUUUACAAUAUUUUCCGAAGUAGCUAAACUCGUCUCUCAACUCCCAAAAAGCCUCUAUGAGAAAAUGAUGACUGACAUUGCACAGAAUUAUCCUGCACAUGGACAAAUUUGGGCACGGACAUGUCAUCUGCUUGUACAAUGCAACGAAUGGAAAAGUGCACGCAUAGCAUACAUCCAGUUUUCAAAAGAUGGACUAAUCUCCUACCUUCCACUUAUUCUCGAUUUGAAACCAUUUUGUAGAAUAGUGAAUAUCAAAAGCAAUCAGUGGAUAACAAGUAUGAUGCUUUACCUUUUACAAUGUGGUUCAGACAAGACAACAAUAUCUCUUGAAGAAGGUGAUACAUAUCUCCAUGCUGCCGUUAGAAUGUCAUUGGUUGCUAACUCGCUCGACAUGCUAAGUUUCCUCAUACAAGAACAUGGUUCUGACCAACACAGGAUUGACAGGCAUGGUAAUACAUUACUUCAUGUAGCUACUAAGGAGAAAGGAGUUGUUAAAACAUUCAGAAAAGCAGUGAUUAAACUUCUCCUGGAGAGGGGUGUGAAUCCACACAUUGAGAAUAACGAAGAGAAGCUCGCUAUUUCAUACCUAACUGGUGAAAGACAGAGUAAGGAGCUUAUCUGCCGUGAGAUGCAGAAGACAAGAAAGCAAGAUGCACAUAAAACCAAGUCUGAAAACAAGAGCAGAGAGAAUGAUGCAAUGGUGGUAGUCCGUUCUAAAACAGAUAUAUGUAAACCAGGAAAAGAAGCAUAUUCAUGUAAAACUUGUGAACAACUUUAUUCAGAUGCCAUCAAAAAACUAUCCACGGAUAAAACAGGUGGUCUCGCGCUUCUAGUAGACGUAUUAAAUAUUGAUCAUAACAACAAAAAAACAAGGAAGAAAUUCAAACAGGGAAAGUCACGUAACAAACAGCAUGCCAGAAUUGAAACGAAGGUCAUAAAUACAUUGGCGGAAAACAUCGACGGAAACUGGGAUGAAUCGCAACUUCGGCUUAAAUCCUUACGAAAGGAAACGUACUUCAAGAUCAUUCACAAACUUGUCAUCUGCAAAAGAUGGGUACAGUUGGUUUCAAUUAUAGAGCAAUAUAAGUCGCAAUACGAUGUGAAAGAGCUGAAAGCUCGUACAUCCAAAUACACCAUAGAACCAAUGAUAGCAGAUACGUCACUUACUUCGGAAGAAGAAACACUUCGUGUAACCUGUUACCUUCUAGACAGUGGGUGGCGGAUAGGAAAUAACAAUGGGCGGGAUAUCAUGAAAAAGUCUGUCAAGUUGAAAAAAUUCAAAUUAGCUAUUGAGCUAAUCAGUAGAGGAGCCGAUAUUUCAGAGAUGUCUGUGUAUGAAGGCGAUACACCUAUACAUGCAGCAAUUUAUAUUGCUUUGCAAGAGAAACAGCACACGUUUAUAGAAAUAUUGCUGGACAAACAGGCUAACAAAAAAGGGAAAUAUUCAUAUCUGGAUCCGGGACAGGCAGAUGCCCACGGUGACAGUAUUUAUCACCUCUUAGCAAAAGCAGACUAUACCGACUUGGUACUUCAAAUUACACAGAUACUUCGCAGCAGAAAUAUUCGAGCACCUUAUAAAGAUAAAAUGCGAAAAUACCCUUGCGAAUAUGUGACGGUAAAGUCUGAUUGUUUUCUCAAACUCCUUGAAGAAACUUCUAGUAUGGCACGUUCAAGCAAACAUGUCACUGAAAAGAAGCUAGUAAAUCAAAAACUAUCUAAACGAAUAGAAGAGACCAAGAAACGGAUUAAAACCUUGAUUUCAAAUUUACCUGCGAAUAGUGUAACAAAUAACAAUACCCAAAACACACAGGACGUGGCAGAAAAUAACAUAGGUAUCUUACAAAUUGACGAAUCUACCACGAUAGAACAAUCUGUGGAAAAACCGAAAGAGUCGUGGAAAAUGAAAAGUAAAGCAAUGAGAUAUGUAGCAAGCAAGGCAACAACAGAAAAUGACGUGAACAAGUCACUAAAAGAGAGCAAAUUUGAUAAAGGAAUUAAAAACUCUUUACCAGAAGAUGGAUGUGAAAAUUCUCACGGUCAUCGUAAAGAAAUGAAGCGUGCUGAGAAAGGGAAAAGAGAUGAAAGAAGAAUGACGUUGGAAGAUAUUGCAGAAAAUAUGCGUUUUGCAUCAAAAGAUACCGAAGAUGAUGGUUGUAUUGUCGAAUCAGCAAAUGAUUCUUUUGUAGAAGACGAUGCAAUGUCUGAGCCUCCACCACUUGAAUUAGAUGAAGACGUUGUCUUUAGAAAUGUUGAAGCUUCGGGUUUCAAAGUUAUGCCAAAAGGUGUGUUACAGCAAACUGGGGAGACAAAUAACCCCGUGCAGGUAGAUGCGCAAAACGUUGAAAACGGUGCUGGUGAUAAAGUUGAUGCAGAUAUGGAUUUGGAAAUAAACAUUAAGUUUGAAAAUCUUACAUGGGAUGUUGAAUGUACAGAUAAAGUGCUAAAGAUUCUAAAAAAACGUGUCGAACCAAAAUUGAAACAAAAAGUCGUCAAGAUCAUUCAAACGCUAGCAAGUGGUGACUGGCAGAAACAUUUAUGCAAGGAACUCACAAACGUACCAUCAGCUUUAAAGUUGUUCGAGGCCAAAGUGAGCAAAGGCGGGAGAAUAUUGUGGGAGAAGGCUAUAAAUUUCUCGUCAAGAUACAAUGACCCUGCCGAUGAUCGACUCAAUUCCUUUACUGAGGAUACUACAGAAAUCUUCGGUGGCAGAAUUUAUUCAGAGGUUAUUAGAGUAUGGGAUAUCGUUAUGGAUCAUGACAAACUUAAAAGGCAAAAUAUUCCAUGGAGACCCCUAGCUCAAAAUCAAAUUAUUGUCCUAAGGUCUGUGGAAAAUAUUAAACACUCACAUCGGCGUGGCAAGACUUGCGCCAUAUCCAGUAAACUAAAGGGGAUAAAGGAAAAUGAACAACACAUGAGAGAGCGCGGUGUUACAUAUCCUUUGCUGUUUACCGAAAUAGAUCCUGAAGAUAAUGCUGAUCGUCAAGUACAGGUUCAGCAUUUUCCACCAGCAAGUGCCAGUGAAACAGAGUACAAUAUUCUGAAAUUCUAUCCUUGGGACACAACACUUGUGAAGCAUAUCUUGCAGAGUUGUAACGUGAAAGUUGACUUUCCUUUUAAGGUCACUGACUUAGAGCAUGCUAUCAUCAAUCUGAGUGGAAAAGAGGCAAUUUUAUUACUUGGACGCAGUGGGACAGGAAAGACAACUUGCUGUUUAUAUCGACUUUGGAGUCAAUUCAAAUCGUACUGGUACAACACGGCUAUUGAUCGGCCAAUGGUCCAAGGUUCUGGACAGGAGCACGUACAUGAGAAGUCUAGACCUAGCGUACAAGAAGAAAGGGCUGAAUCCAACUACAGCAGCAUUGAGGAAACGUCUGAAUGUAAACAACAAAAUGAUGUGAAUUGCAAAAGCGAUUCUAAUACAUGUGUACAGUUCCAUCAAAUAUUCGUGACAAAAAAUCCAGUUCUUGUAUCUGAAGUAAAAAAGACAUUUUGCGGUUUUAUGAACGCCGACGAACUUCUAGCAAGAUGUCACGCUGGGAGUAAUGACCAAUCUAUUCCGAAUCGCCUCCAGGAUUUGCAGGAAAAUGCAUAUCCACUGUUUCUUACUUCGAGAGAGUUACUGUGUAAACUUGAUGCCUCUCUUGGACAUCCGUUCUUUGAAAGAGAAAAAGAUGGAUCGUUAAAGUACCAGGUUCAUGGAUGGGCAGAUACGGCUGAAGGAUUUACCGAGCUAAAUGUUUUGGAUCAUGAAUCCACUGAUGAAGAUUCAGAUGACAGAAUCAAUGGCAAUGUUGAAGAAGCUAGAAGAACCAAAGGAAAGAGAAAGAAUGAUACAAACGUUAGAAGAGAAGUAACUUACGAUGUCUUUGAAAAUAAAAUAUGGCCUAAAUUAAAAGGGAUUGGAAAUUCUGUUUAUCAUCCAAGCCUUAUUUGGACAGAGAUUAUAUCAUUUAUCAAGGGUUCGUAUGAAUCACUCUCCAAGACCAACGGCUAUCUGUCGAAAAAUGAGUAUCUAAAAUUAGGCAGGAAAAAGGCUCCAGCUUUUUCUGGAGAGAGAGAAGAAGUCUACGAUAUGUUUUUAGUGUAUGAACGCAAGAAGAAACAAUUGCGUUUGUUUGAUGAAACGGACGUUGUCCGCAGUGUAUUUCAGCGACUUGCACAUUUGGAAACGAGCCCAGUUACGAUACAUCAGAUUUAUGUGGAUGAAACACAAGACUUCACGCAGGCAGAACUGUUUCUUCUUAUCAGACUUUGUCAGAACCCAAAUGAUAUGUUCCUCACAGGUGAUACCGCACAGAGUAUAAUGCGCGGAAUUUCAUUUAGAUUUAAAGACCUCCGAUCUCUCUUUUUCCACGUCAAAGAAAUGACAGAGGAAGCAAAAAAGACAUCUCAGGCUUCUAAGUCUGUAACAGUGCAUGUGCCAAACGAGGUACUUCAACUGACUUACAACUACCGUUCGCAUUCUGGUAUUCUGUCACUAGCUUCAAGUAUCCUGGAGAUUCUGUUGCAUUUUUUCCCAGAAUCAUUUGACCGUUUACAUCCAGACAAAGGCCUUUUCAUUGGCCCAGAGCCCAUUCUUCUUGAAUCAUGCAGUUCUAAUGACUUGGCUACUUUGUUAAAGAAAAAUCAAAGAGAAACAUCAAGUAUUGAGUUUGGCGCCCAUCAAGUUAUACUAGUUGUGAACGAGGAGGCAAGAGAAAGUAUGCCAGAAGAGUUACGCUAUGGGCUUGUCCUCACAAUAUAUGAAUCUAAAGGCCUUGAAUUCGACGAUGUUUUACUUUACAACUUCUUCAAAGACUCCAAGGCUUCUAAGGAAUGGCGGGUUGUGACAAAACAUCUGGAAGAAAUUGUGAGAAAUGUUACAAAUAAGACAGCUGAACAAAACGAGGUGUAUUUUAGGAUUGAACAGGAUGUUUUAUCAUCGAAAGAUCGCCAAAGGCCUUUAGAUUUCGACCCCAACAAACACAAAAUACUGAAUUACGAACUUAAACAGUUGUAUACGGCCGUUACAAGAGCAAGAGUAAAUGUUUGGAUUUUCGACGAAGAUCAUGUGAAAAGAGGACCAAUGUUUGAAUAUUUCAAAGCUCGGAAGCUGGUCAAGUUACAAACGGAUAUAAAUAAUGAAACCUUGUCACAAUUUGCGGUGAAAUCGAACAAAGAUGAUUGGCUACAACAAGGAGAUUACUUCAUGAAAAAUCGCCGAUAUAGUGCAGCAGCAACAUGUUUCCGCCAAGGAGAUGACCAAAAAAUGCUAAUGCUAGCACAGGCAAACCAACAAGCUUUAUUGGCUUCGAGAAAAGAAGAAGAUGUAAGAGAAAUGAGAGCUGAACUCCUGUCUGCUGCCGAAAUAUAUUUGAAGUGUGACCACGUAGAUGAAGCCGCAAAAUGCCUUAGUAAAGCUAAAGAGAUGACGUUAGCUGCAACUCUUUACGAGAAACUUGGACAGUAUGACAUGGCUGCUGAACAAUGCAAGAGAAACAAACAAUUCGAAGAAUGUAGCAGCUUCUAUGAGCGUUCGUGGAAAUUCAAUAAAGCCGUUUCCAUCUUAUAUGAAAACAGACUAUACCAUCUCGCCCUUGAUGUAGUAAAACGAUAUAAAAGGCGAGAAAAUGAAUUGUUGAAGAAUGACCACAAAUUGUUAGAGCAACUCAGGGCAAACAAACCUGAUGAUAUGUAUACAGAGGAAGAAUUAAAUGAAAGGGCUGCAGAAGAAUUCUAUAAACUCGGUAAAACCGAAAGCAUGAGGGAGGCUGUCGGAAGGUUUCAAUAUGAAGAAGACAAGAUUGAGUUUUUCAAAAGACAUGAAUGUAUAUCGGAGGCUGCAAACAUCUUGGCUGAUUCAGGUCGUUUUCCAGAGGCAAUAGACUUGCUUCUACAGUAUGGGAUGUUUAGUGAUGCAAGGAAUAUGGCACAGUCAUCCAAGGAUGAAAGACAGAUUGCGAAAUGUCUACUCAUUAUCAGCAGAGUUGCCAUCGUAAAUACUGAAACGGCAACAUAUUGUAACGACAUAAAAGAAAAUUUGAAAAAAGCUUUGUUAUUUUCUCAGCAGAGCGGAGACAGAGAUUUAUGCGGACAAGUGAUGCUUUUGCAAGCUCAAGUAUAUAAACACGCAAAAUAUGUUUUGUCUGCAGCGAAAGAAUUUAUAGAAUCACGCCCAUAUCCGAACGAAGCAGGGUAUGUAGAAUGCUGCAAUGUACUAACAAACUUUGUAAACAAAGGAUAUCGGGAGCAUCUAAAAUUUCUUCUGACAGGCGCAGAUUGUUUGUUCAAUGUUUGCAAAACUUUGCUCUUGAGAAGCAGCUCUUCAUCUCAAUCAGAAAAGGUACAGGCAAACUUUCAGGCAUAUUGUCAGUUUUAUGGAAUAGUUAAAAAAGGACAAGACGGUCUAAUAGCUUUUCCAGCAACAAAACCACUCUGUGCAAAAAUAUUUCGAAGCGUUUCCGAGUCAAGAAGUAAUGAGGUGUCAGGUCUAGAAGAAGAACGGAAUAUCAAACUGAUCGUAUAUUAUCUGCUGAAAGAAAGUAAAUCAUGGUUAAAGAUUUUAAAGGAUACAUUGGAAGGACAACGUUCUUCAUUACAAAUAUGUAGAUCCUUUGCGUUAGGUCAUGACUGUACAAAUGGUGACAACGAUACAGUAGUAUGUAGUAUGAUGCAUACGCCGCACACAGAAACCUCAUUCAAACGCCUGAUCGACACUGAUUUGCUUAUAGCUGAAUACGAGACAUAUAUCAAUAAAACAGAUGACAUUUGGAAUCUCUGUAAGAGUAAGCAUGACGAAAUUAUUAAACGUGAACUUUCAUACAUAAUGUCUGCUGAAAUCAGUAUAAAUGAAAAUGAAAAAUAUCAAGCCAGUCGUUUCUUAUGGGACGAUUUUCUUCCAGAAUCUGGACACCCUUUGUUUCUGGCCGAGAAAAGCAGCCAGUUUAUAACACCAGUGUGCAACAAUGAAAUUGGACUGAAACAUUUGAAGUAUUACUUGGUUAAUAGAUGGAACCAAAGUAUUCAUGGCAAGUGUAAAACUAAGAGUAAAGCUGUUCACGAAACGGAAAUAUUCCUUUUGUUUGAGUUUGCCUACCACCUUUUUCAUUUUGAGACCGGAAAAGUAAGCUUCGAAAAAACACCGAAACAAGAAAUGCUUUGUUUCGAAAAUGCCCUUGAUAUUGAACUUCAAAUGACCAAAAACCAAAAGGAAAUAAAACACGUUGAGAAAAGAUACACUUUAAUGGUUACUUAUCCGGAUGAACAAAGUAAUCUAGCUGAACGAGCAUUCACUACUUGUGUGGCUCACAGAUUUACAGAUGCCUAUGAAGAUUUGAUGAAAGGGGACCCAUUCGAAGCUUUAGAAUCAUUUGGACAAUUUCAAUGUCAACUUAGUCAGCGAAGUCUGCAAGCCAUGGCAGGUGUUUGGAUUUAUCCCGACAUUCAUCAUUAUCUUCUCUGGCUUGAAUUUUAUUCUGCUCUAGCAUUUUUCCUGAUGGCCAAAGCGAAGUCACAGGUAGACAAAGAGUUCACGUUCAUUCUUCCAAACAAUUAUUUGGCACUGAUGUACUUCAUCCAGGGCACAUUUCCAGAAUCUUCACAGUCAAUACAUGAAUCAAUACAGAGCUGGACACCAGAAACGGAGAAUCAAUCAUCUGAAACUGUAGUAUUGGAAAGGGUGAAACAAUUUGCAUUUGUCAUUUCGGGCCAUGCUCAAAAGGCAAAAAUGCCGGAAAUUAUUCUAAAGAAAUGUCAGAAAGACAGCAAAAACUAUGUGCUGUUAGAAAGGCUCAUUAUUCUGCACAUGACAAUGAUAUGCAAUGUAGGGAAAAGUGUACCGAUAGAAUGUGAGAAUUGUCUCGUCAAUUCUUUAAAUUCUAUCAACAAAAUGUUACCAUCAUCAAGCUUACAAGCACGUCUGAAGAAAAUCCAUGACCAAGUCAAUGAGUUCAAAGGUAUUAGAGAUGUUGCUGACUGUUUAAAAAAUUUUUUCACAUCUCGCAACAUGGGCGAAAUCUUACAGAGUAUUAAAUGGGUUGAAACGGAAAAAGAAAAAUAUGCUGCUUCAGCAGUAGACAACAGUUUAUUCCAAACAACAUUUUCUCAUCUGGAAUGGGCAGUGUAGAAACAAAAGAUUCGGUUGAAUACAAUUAAACAAUUAAGAGGAACCCUGAACUGACAGAGGAUGAGACUUUAUUUAUUUUACAAUAAAAUAUUAGUUGAAUAGUUCAGAAAAUACACACAAAAAAAAGAACAUGAAUAGAAUUUCAUCAAUUGACGUAUUUGCAGACAUCGUUUUGGGGAAUGAAAAUGAGUGUAGAGUUUUUGGAGUCGAUUUAGAAAGUUUGUUACAGAAGAAAAGAAAACGAAAUGGUACCGGCAACAGAACCAGAAAAAUAUCUCGAAAUAAGACGUAAUCAUAAUUUAGACAGUAAAGUGAAAUGCAAAAUCAGGACAACCAGUUUGACAUUCCUUUUAAUAAAGAAAGUUAUCAAAAGCAGAAUCCGAAUAUGGAAAAGACGCCGUAGAUUGUCAGAUGAUUGACCAUUGGUAUAAAACGUAUUUAAAGUCAUUCAAACAUUUACACAAUAAUAAAUGUAACUUGUUUGACAAAAAUAUAUUUUAAAACACUUUGGACACCACGAAGAAGAAAUAGAGAGGAUUAAAAUAAAUCAUGAAAGAAGAGAAACAGUGCUUAAAGGAAUGCAUUGGUAAGAAAAACAAGUAACUGUUAAGCAAAUCGCAAAUAAGCUAGAGCUCGAUAUUGAUUUUCUUAAACCUUACAUGGAAGUUCAAGCAAACAAAGUUAUUUUAUAUUUUGUUUCGAAGAACAGGAACUUUGUAUACGAGUAGUCCAUCAGAUUACAUAUUUAGCAAAAUAGGAAAAGUGGCUGCAUAGGUCGCUCAACACGACAGAAAUAAAAAAAGUUGCAGGCAUGGCUUGAUUCUGCGCGUCAUAAAUAGGUACUUCCUUAAAACAAUAAGUGCAUUUUCAGUUAUACGAGCUCAAAAUGACACAGAUCUAUAAAUAGUGCACUCAAAAACCAUAUUGAGUUCUAUAAGGUCAGAUGCAGAAGCGAGCUAGGAUGUUUGUCCUAGAACCAGUAAAUGUGACAUUAUAGCAAAACCAGCUUGCUGUAAAUCAUGAAUAACAAAUUUGACCCCCGGUAUGCAAAUUGCUAAAAUGGAAAAAAUAUGAUAUAUUUAUUAACGUUAUAUCAGUGACUGAUUAAUAAUCAAAUCCUAAUUGAGGAAGGUGCCUGAUAUUUAUUAUCUCGAAACUUUGACUUAAUACAUCAUAAGUACCUGUCUUCAAAAGUAAACUGUAGAUGUAUUUGAAUACCCAAACUUAUUAACGACCGCCGCAUAGCUUUAAACUACACCCACUUACAUUGUCUCGCUGUUAAGAUGUCCCCGAACACCCCAAAACAUCCAAGGUUUCCCUCAAAAAGGUACACAUGGAAGAGCUUAUUGAAGUAUAUAGAAAAUUCAUGACUGUUACUGUAUCAAAAGUUGUAUCUCACAAAAAUUAAGCGUUCGUCUUAAAAAGAAAACUUACAAAAACACAAACAUUUAUGAUAUGUAAAAAACAAUUCAAACUGAGUUUGUUGUAGAAGCUUGUAGAUUUAUUGAAAUUUCAUCAAAUAGUUUUAACGACUUGUCACAUUUACUUUUUUAAAUAAAUAAAGUUGUCGUAUAGAUAAAGCGACGCUUUUAUGCACGCCGCAAUCUUAAAAUGGACAUCACGUCGUUUUACAACGUAAGACAAAGGAAAAUCCAAAAAUAUUGAUUUUUAAAUUUAUUUACAUUUUUCAAUGUAAACAAUGCCUAAAAAUGUUAAACUUACAGUACUAACGAUACCAUUAUUGACAAUUUUACAGACUUUAUAAAUAAAUUAUCGGAUGUCCAAAAAAGGCAAGACAUUCUGUGCGUCUCAUUAUCGGUUUAGCGUGAAUUAUAUCAUUUCUUUUAUAUACAUCAAAUAUGAUAAAUACUUUCGGUGCCCACGAAAUAAUAUGUUGACGUGGUGACAAUAUAACCGUGUUUAAUGAAAAUAAAGCAUGAUUUUAUUAGAAUUUUUUUCUAUUUUGUUUCUGAUAGGUUUAGAGUCACGUCGAUACAAUUUAGGUCAGAUUGAAGUCAUAUGGUGACCUUUCUUACUUUUGGAUGGUAUUUUAAGACCCAGAUUCAUCUCCAUGCAUUAUUUCAUUACUGGAGAGCACCUGCAGGGGUAGAACCACCGAUCUUUUGUAAGCAAACUAGAUGACAGACAUAAAAAUUCUACAUCAAAAGAUUAUGAACCUGUAUGAUUAGGGACAAGUGUUUUGACCAUAACCACUCGGUCACGGAAGCAAACUAUCAAUAUCUUAGGUUAAGUGGUUAUUUAUCAUUCUAACACGACCAGCAAAUAACAUACAUACAUUUAGAGCAAAUUCUAUCUCGGGUUAUUCUGCAAUUAAGCACUAGCGUGCAAUGACGUCAUCCGAUCAAGGUGCGUAGCACGGCCGUAAAAGUAGUUACAAUUUUUUCUAUGUCGUGUUAGAAUCGAAAUAAUGAGUUUCCAAGUGUGAUUUAACGUAGAAUAACCAGUUUGGAUAUUUAAUAUUUUUGAAGGAUUCGAUUAUUUGAAGGAUUAAUAUUAAAUAUUUAUGGAUUUUAAAAGUUAUCUUUGAAGAAGAGACAUUAUAAAUGUUUGAUAUUACUUUCGAACUGUUUGAUACAUUGCAUGGACUUUAUUCUGACUUGAUUUAAAUUUGACCUGGCCAUGACUUGGACUACUUUUACAUAUAAGAUGUCCGGCUCUUUGACAUUUUAAAAGGUAUUUUGGUCGCUGACGAAGAUCUCUUAACUGUACAAUUCGUUACGUAAUUAACUAAAUUGACAAUUCAUCUUUUAUUUCAUCAUGUCAUAUUUUAAGUGUUAUGACGUUCUAUGUGUGUGUUUUUUGCAAGACUUGAGUUUCACUUGAAGUGUGUGGUAUUUCUAUCUAAUACAGUAUAUGAUGGCACCGUAAACCGUGGGGCUGAACCUCUAUAUGCAGCCCGUCUUGGCGUACCAGGUGUUUAAAGCACUGGUUUUGGCAAUAGAGAUAAAUCGACCUCAAGGGGAGGGGUGCGGUCAUGGCUGUUUGUUACAAUAAGGCUGUAAAUAUUAUCAUUGUUCGUUGAUGAUAUUAUUGUGAUAACUAUUAUUUUUAUUAUUAUGUACAACGCCAUUGAUUAUCAUUUAUGAAAAAGGCGUUUAAUCAAAUAGUUCAGUUUUCAGUUUUGUGAUUGCAUAUGUCAUGUUUUGUUAUUUUUCUACAUAUCUGCGAUAUGUCACAUGUUUAAUUCGGUAAAGCGCCUUUGAACGUAUAUUCCAUAUGAAAAGGGCGCUCAACAAAUCUGGUAUAAUAAUAAUAAUAAUAAUAAUAAUAAUAAUAAUAAUAAUAAUAAUAAUGUAUUG